AGAGGUGGAGAAUAUGAGCCAGCACCUUCUGUCUCUCCUGUCUACAACACCUGGGGCUGAUCCUCCCAUAGUUUCAGACUGUAUUAGGUUACAUCUCCUAUCCCCUGUACCUACUGAAUGUACUGGACCUGGUAGUGUAUUUGCAGAUAGGACAAUUAUCAAAGGCAGAAAUGGAGCAUUUUAGAACAUUCCUCUUUUGCCUUGCUGGAUGUUUGGUGACGGUUUUUGGAUACCCAAGUGGACAAAUAAGUGCCUCCUGUGACAGCAUGCUUCCAUCUCAUGGGAACAAUGUCCCUCAGUCAUCGGAGCCCCCGUAUAUCAUCACUGUGUCUAAUACAACUUUUCUUCCAGGGGAUAUUAUUACAGUGACUAUAAGCAAAAAAUCCCCUGGCUCCGGCUCAUUUAAAGGAUUCCUUCUUGAAGCCCAAUUGGUAGGAGGAGAUAGGAUUACUGGAACUUUUAAGCCCUCAGAUUCAGGAAUCGCUCAAACAUUAACCUGUGGCUCGCAAGCAUCUGCUGCCGUCAGUCAUACGAAUGCUAACUUGAAAGACAGCGUCACCGCCCAGUGGACCGCGCCAGAGGGAGCAGGACCUGUGCGAUUCAGAGCAACAGUUUUGAGUAGUUACGACACCUUCUGGACUGGAGUGAAGAGUGGCAUCAUAGAAGCAUUGAAGAUGUCUAACACCACAUGUGGUUCUCAGAAGUUCUGCUUCUCUGAGCCAACAAACUGCAGUCCUGAUGCCAACAACUGCCUCUUCAUGUCCGCAGUUCCCGCUAACACUGGAUAUGUGUUUGAGAUGAGCGGCCCUACAUCUGGAUAUGUGGCUAUUGGGUUUUCUGAUGAUCAAGAAAUGGGGAACGAUGAUGUUUAUAUUUGCACCAUGACCUCUACAGGAUCCAUUUUGGUACAGAGAGCUUACACUACAGGAAAAAUCGCUCCAACACUCAGAAACUCUAGCACAGCCGAAUCAAUAGUGUCAUCCUAUAAAGAUGGCGUAUUGAAAUGUUCCUUCAUUACUGCAGACAGCAUCUCACUACAACAACGAUCAAGUGGAAAUCCCACCUACUAUGUCUUCCUGGUCAGGGGCCCAUCAAGUGCUGAUGGUCAAAUCCAGGAACAUACAACGAAGUGGAUAACGAACAGUAAAGUUGACCUGUCAAGUUUUAUGGCAACUGUGGCACAGAGUGGAGAAAGUACAGUAGUGCUUGGUCAUGGUGCCCUUAUGCUAAUUGCCUGGAUGACCACUGGGACCAUUGGGAUGAUGAUGGCUCGCUAUAUGAAGAGUGCGGCAGGAAAACCAUUCCUUGGGAAGGCAGCAUGGUUUCAGGUUCAUCUCAUUCUCAUGAUAUUAACAGUAAUUCUGACCAUAAUAGCAUUCAUUAUGGUGUUUGUGGACGUCGGUGACUGGAGUGGGGGAGCCCAUCCAGUCCUUGGCUGCAUAGUUAUGAUAUUGUCGUUCUUCCAACCCAUUGCUGCUUUUUUCCGCCCAGAUCCUAAGCAUGAAAGACGUUUCAUCUUCAACUGGGGACAUAGCAUAAAUGCUCUUGUGAUAAAAAUCCUAGCAGUGGCUGCCAUCUUUCUUGGCUUUAGUCGAUUGAUAUCACCAAAACCAUGGUUGCCCCAGGUAAUGGGAGGAUUCUUUGCAUGGGAAGUCCUCUUCUAUAUUAUUCUGGAAAUCAACAUGCUCCUAAAAAGAAAAGAUAUAUAUGAAAACGUUAAUCGUAAGAUACCAGUUGAGAUUUUGGCGCUUUACAUAUUCAUUAUUGGAAAUCUGGCCUUCCUGAUAGCACUCUUGGUUGGCAUCGGACAAUCAGCCUGAUUCAUUGUACUGUUUGGAAAGAUCGACUCUCCUCUGCCAAAGACUCAACUAGUAAAGAACAUUAUCAGGAAAUGUAAAAACCUUUUUUUGAUAGAUUUGAAAAUUGCCAAUAUUUAGAGAUGUUUACAGCAGCAGAUUCAUGGACCUGAAUGAGGAAAGGAAGUAUACAUGCUGGAACCUACAAAACACUAGAAUAUUUCUGUGAUUUUUUUUAUUUUUUAUGUUCCAAAUCUGUGGCUCCAGAUGAUGCUAUGACAUGGAAUACCUGAUAUUAUAUUUUUGAAUCACUUACAAGUGCCUGUGCUAAAUCAGGGCUUCAGUGUUUCCGUUAAAUUUUAAAAGGUUUCCCAGAGCUGAAAGGAAAGAGGAUUGUGGGUCAUGACUUCAGAACCCAUGCUCUUUUUUUUUUUUUUUUUUUUUUACUACAUAUGCCUUAUUAGAGUUUAUAAGUAGGAGUUGCUGAAGCCCCUUUAAGGAUCCUUUUUUUUUUACUAUUGAUGAGAU